GUCUCAGACCUUUCACCUACAGUAUCGGAAUUCGAGCUUAAUAUAUUUUAAAGUGGUUGUGCAUUGAAUCUAAAGACGCCUCUCUGUAUCAAUGACCUCUUUAUCCCGUACCCCCACGAGAAAUUUAGUCCUUCCUGUGAUAUUGAGAUGGCAGAUAAACACCUCAUACCAUGAUUUAACAUGCUGGACCUGUCUAUAUACUUCAUUGUUUGGUAGAGUGGCGCAAAAAAGUGUUCAAACUUCUUGGCACAAUGUGGUUUCCUUUGAUUACGAGACACCCUAUUUACGAGCCCGUCACUGCCAGUUCUGAUGAAUUAGCAAUUUCGGGGCCUCAUAAAAGUUCCAAGAACAAACUGAGCUUGAGAGUGAAUAUUCUGAUGCUCGUCACCCUUUGUUUCGCAUCCUGUGCACUGGGUUUUCUUGCUGCAAGACUUCUAGACACACAAUCGACCGCUGUCCGUGUGGGACCUCGAUUUGCUAAGGAACUCAGUGUCUUCUCCUAUAAUCGCAAUUUUUCAUAUCCGCCAUCUAACAUCACAGACGCUGCUUGGAAUGGAUUGUUUAUGACAAAAAGUGAUGGGGGAUUUUUCAAUCAUCCUUAUGUGGAAGAUGAAAGAGCCACAUUGAGCGUCUUGCAUCAGUUGCACUGUUUGGAUGGCAUACGUCACAUUUACUACCUCAAUAAUCACGCAGCGACAACAGGAACAGUACUUCUCGAAGAAGAAUUAGAACUUCAUAUGAGAAGAAGUCACAUGAGACAUUGUAUUGAUUUUUUGAGACAGAGUUUGAUGUGUUGUGGAGACAGUACUAUUGAGAGAGUCGAUCCUGAGUUAAAGGGUGUAACAGGAUGGGGUACCGAGCAUGUGUGUACCAAUUGGGAAGAGCUGCAGGAAUGGGUUGGAGAGAGACAGAGAUUAGAUCGCGAGGGAUGAAAGACAAAGAUAGGAGACGCAGGUGUGAUGAGUGAAAAUAAAGACAGUUCUGGGAAUAAUUCGAAGAAUGUUGCUUGAACAGCUGAAAUCUUCACAAGAUUAGACGAUGUAGUUGCAACGAGAUGCCAUUUGUAUGAUAGUCGCAUUGCUAAAAUUGAAUAUCA